AUAAUCACAGGACAAAACAAAGUUAUGUUAUCGUUUAUCAGUCCUAAGCGGAUCAGACCUCAUUCUGCAUGAGGUACGUGUGGUUGUAGUUUGAUUUGGUCGAUUCUUAGUCCGUCCAAAAUAAAUAAAGUACUUCAUAUUGCACUUUCUAACAAGUACAAGAAAUAAAAUAUAUUUUUUUACAAUGAAGUGGUUAAAAAUAUCUCUUAUCCUAUGUAUGUUUGGACUGUUAAAAGACUUCAGACCAUCCGAGUCAUUUGUAACUGAUUAUUUGACAGGACCAUGGAAGAAUUUUACGCAUACACAAGUCAAUCAAGAAAUUUAUCCAGUUAGUACAUACAGUUAUUUUUUAACUCUAGUAAUUAUAUUUUUGAUAACAGACUUUGUAAGAUAUAAGCCUAUUAUUAUAUUGUGUUCACUCUCUGGAAUGAUCACAUUUCUUGUACUGAUACUUGCAAAAACUGUACCAGUAGUUCAGAUCACUGAAUUCUUUUAUGGCCUGUUUCUUUCUUCCGAAGUGGCAUAUUAUACAUAUAUUUAUGCAAAAGUUGAUAAGAAACACUAUCAAGAAGUGACAGGUCAUACGAAAGCUGCUUCCCUUGUUGGACGAUGUAUGGCUGGAAUUAUAGCCCAAUUGACAGCUUCUUUUCAUAUUUUAGAUUUCCAUGAAUUGAAUUAUCUUACCACCGCAGCGUUUGCCCUCGCCACGGUAUGGACAUUUUUUUUACCAUCCGUCGGUCAAUCGAUUUAUUUUCAUUCAUCUAUUAACGAUCAAAAUGUUAUACCCGCACCAGCGGAUACCGCGAAAUCAUUGGAAAAUGAUAAUUGCUAUGAACUCGAUCGUCAGAAACAAUCGGAAUAUAAUCCUGCGAAGGGAAAUGUUUUCUCAACCUCUUCUAAGUUGAAACGUGCAUACGCGUUAUUAUGGCAACAUUUUUUAAACGCUUAUACACAUGGUCACAUUGUAAAAUGGUCCAUGUGGUGGGCAUUUUCAACUUGUGGCUAUUUGCAAAUAACUAAUUAUGCCCAGCUUUUAUGGCAAACGGCUGUUGAAUCUUACGAUGAAAUCUAUAACGGAGCGGUAGAUGCUUGUUAUGCAAUAAUAGGUGCUUCCACCGUUUUUAUCAUUUCGAAAGUACCGCUGAACUGGCCAGUAAUAGGAGAUAUCAUAUUAACAUUAUUUUCACUUAUGGAGGGUGGCUUAAUUAUAUUGUGUUCCUAUAAUUAUAAUAUUUGGGUACUAUAUGGUGCUUACAUAAUAUUUGGAGUGAUUUAUCACACCAUGGUCACUGUUGCAAGUUUCGAAGUUGCGAAAUAUAUAUCUGAAGAUAGUUAUGGUUUAAUAUUUGGGACAAAUAUCUUUUUAGCAUUAUUGUUCCAAAGUUUGUUAACGUUAAUAGUUAUUAAUGGAAAUCUUGGAAAUACUAUCAGAUCCCAGUUUUUCAUUUAUGGCUGCUAUUACAUAGUUUUGGCUGUGAUAUUUUUAAUAAUUGCUAUAUUUGCGAUUGUAAAACGUUAUAAAAGCGGCGAUAAAUUUGAAAUAUGGUCAAGAAAUAAGAACAUUGGAAAGUCAAUAGAUAACAUCGAAAAGAACGAAUCGUUUAGUACAAAUUCGACAGUAUCUAAAAAUGAUAUCUUAACUCCUCAUUCGGAAUAAGUAUUGCGGAAAUUAAUAAUUAUAAAAAAAUGUAUAAUAAUUUCCUUCUUAUAUUAUCCUUGUACGUAUUCUUCUACGUAUUCAACAGACAAUUUAUUAAGAAUGAACUAUCUAUUAAAUUUAGUCAGAAAAACUUUGUUAUAUCAACGUAUAAUAAUAGAAUAAUAGAGUUAUCAAAUUUUUUAUAGCUUUUACUAUUAAAAAAAAAAAAAAAAAAAAAAAAAAAAUAAUAAUAUUUUAACUUUAGUCUUAAAACUUACGCACAUGUAGUAUGGAAUACUAAAAGAACAGUAUUCGUAUUUGUAAGGUAGUAAAAAUAUAUAAUAUAAAUAUUACGUAGCGAAUCAUCCUAGAUGGAAAUGAACAUUUAUAAAGAAAUUGACAUUUAUGUCAGAAAAAGAUAUUACUUUUUAACAGAUUGUGUUAUUAACAAAUGUUUAUUUUAGACAAAAACUCAUUUCAUUAUUCUGGAGACGCGAAAAAGAUAAAAAUUAAUCAUACAUUUUAAAAUAAUUUGACGGUAUUAUUUAUUGCGGCAAAUACCCAAACGUCAAUGUAUUAAUCUUUUGCGGUUGUUAUAUAUGUAAAUAAAAGUAAGAAGAAAAAAGAUAA